ACCUGACAGGAAGAGAUGAUAAACACACUCACACACACUGUUAAGUUCUGUGUUGUGGUGAAUGUGCGUUCAAGGGCUGGUGUGUAUUGUCUCCAUUCUCUGGGAAAAGUAUGCAAAGUUGUGUGUUGAGUGUGUCCCGCAGUAUGUGCGUGUCUGCGGAGAUAGGAGUUUGUGUUGUGUGUUGUUAAUGGGGCUCUCAUUGUGAGGAUGAGUGACUCGUUGGAGAGGACCACCGACACCCCUCUGCCUGGGCCCUCAGAGAAAACCCCCAGAGAGGGCUCUGACCCUGGGGAAGAGGGUGAAGGGGGUGAUGGAAGUGGGAUGCGUUGGGAAGAUGGAGGCCUGUCUGUGGAGCUUCAGAGGGGGAUGGAGACGCUUCGUGUGAGUGGAGAGCUGACCGACGUGACUCUGCGAGUUCAGGAACAGGACUUCCCCUGCCACAGAGCUGUGCUCGCCGCCGCCAGCCACUACUAUAGGGCGAUGUUCUGCAGUGGUCUGAGAGAGAGUCAUGAGAAGCAGGUGGAGAUUAAAGGGGUGGACAGUGAGACCAUGAAGACUCUACUGGACUACACCUAUACCAGCCGAGCCACCAUCACACACACCAACGUCCAGAGAACACUGGAGGCCGCCAGCCUGUUCCAGUUUCCUCGUGUAGUGGAGGCCUGUGCAGGGUUCCUGGCUGACUCUCUCCAGCCAGAGAGCUGUGUAGGUGUACUGCGUCUGGCUGAGGCCCAUUCAUUACCUGCACUGAGAGACAGGGUCCAGGACUACCUGGUUUCAGAGUUCUCCAGAGUGGUUCAGCAUGAGGAGUACCUGGAGCUGCCAGUGGGGGCGCUGCAGAGCGCUCUGAAGAGAGACGACCUGGGAGUGACACGGGAGGAGAGUGUGUUUGAGGCUCUGAUGCGCUGGGUGCGAGCAAAGGAGGAGGAGAGAUGCCUCCUACUAGCUGGUCUUCUGUCAUACGUGCGUCUGCCACUGCUGGAGCCGGCUUACUUCCUGGAAACGGUGGAGGCCGACCAGCUGAUUCGCCGCUGUGACGAGGCCUUCACCCUACUGCAGGAGGCCCGCACCUACCACCUGUCAGGCAACGAGGUGGUCACGGAGCGUACCAAGCCUCGUUUACAGCACUACCUAUCUGAGGUGUUCAUGAUCAUCGGUGGCUGCACCAAAGAGGAGCGCUUCGUUGCCACUGUGACCUGCCUUGACCCUCUGCGCCGCAGCCGGCUGGAAGUCGCCAAGCUGCCAAUCACAGAGAUGGAGGAGGAGUCCCACAACCGGAAGUGGGUGGAGUUUGCUUGUGUCACCUUCCGGAAUGAAGUGUUCAUAUCCGGAGGAAAAGAGACACAGCACGAGGCGUGGAAGUACAACGGUGCCCUGGACAGGUGGAUCCCCAUUGAGCCACUGGUGACUGGGCGCUGGAGACACAAGAUGGCGGUUCACGGGGGGAAGGUGUAUGCCCUGGGGGGGUUCGAUGGGACUCAGAGACUCACCAGCGUGGAAGCCUACGACACAUUUCACAACCGCUGGACACCGGCCCCGCCCCUCCUGUUGGGCGUCAGCUCAUUCGCUGCAGCAAGCUUCAAUAAGUGGAUUUUUGCGAUCGGGGGAGGGCCCAACGGGAAGCUGGCCACUGAUAGGCUGCAGUGCUGGGAGCCAGGGACUGAGAGCUGGGGCCUGCGGUCGCCCAUGCCCAUCGAGGCUAAAUGUACUAAUGCUGUCACCUUCAGAGAACGCAUCUAUGUAGUUGGCGGUGCCAUGCAUGCUCUGUACUGCUACUCCCCCCAGUCAGACAGCUGGUCUAUGGUGACCCGGCUGGGCGAGAGGGCGAGCUGCGCCAUCGCAGCCUGUAACAACAAACUAUUCAUCACUGGUGGCCGUGACGACAAGAACCAGGUCAUCUCCACGGUGAUGUGCUGGGACCCAGUCACAACCACAAUGACAGAGGAAUGUGUGUUACCGCUUGGUGUCUCUCACCACGGAAGCGUCACACUCCACAAGUCCUACACGCACAUACACAGGAUAGCACCUGCAACCGUGUCGGUGUGACAGAGAGCUGGGACUAUGUGUGUGAGAAUGAAUGUGUGGAGAAAAACAUAGGUGGAUGAGGAGCAUGGACUGUGUGUGGGUGUCGGCUUUUUUACUUAUUGUAAGUUGUCUGUGAAAUAACUAAAUGUAAUGCUGAGUUUAGUCUCAUAACAUUUUUAAAAGUGUAAUAUCACAUACAAACCGGUACCACUAAAUACAUCUAAAAAUGCCAUUUGCAUGAGUUGACUUUCUAUCUGUAUUGUGGGAGUGUUCUGUCAGAACACAGAGGCAUCUAUUCAUGUGCUGAAUUCACACCCAACCCACGGUUUUCACACCCACAUUACCCAGUUAUAACCUCUCUGUCUUUCACAGCAGAUGUACAGUUUGUGGUUAUUAUGGUUUCAUAACUACCUUGAAUCUACGCACUCUUUCUCUUCUCUCACUAACACUUCUCUUUUCCUACUAGCACUGACUUUACUGAUAUUACUUAAUUGAGGAGAAAUGUGACAGUGAUAUGUGGUUUUCUCACCUAGCUAUCUUAAAAUGAAUGUAGGGAUCAUAAAAUGUAUUUACCUCAUGUAACAUUAGACUUGAAUUUUCAUGCCAAUUUUCGUACCAGGGUUACCUGGGAGAAAAUGUAUUAUUAUCGGGAUGGAACAUUUGUAAAAUCCAAGGAAAAUAUUCAACCCUAAUAUGAACCAUGAGGGGCAGGCAUAAGUGACACUGGACUAGCACAGACACCACAGUCUUUAAGGUGUCUAUAGCAAGGUUUCCAUCCAAUUGGCAACAGAUUUCUAUGCAAAUAUUCUCAAAAUUGCACAAAACAAAAUAUGAGCAUGUCAUGGUUUCCUUUAAGAACAUUUGGCGCCGAACAAUGUGACAACGAAGAUUUUAAUUUACCAGACAUUUGAGAAAUGUACUGGACAUCCAUAUUCAGAUCCGACUUGGCGCAGGCAGCACCAUCUAUAAAUUGGCCAAAUGAGCCACAUUUAGAACCUAAAUGUCCUUAAAAACAGCCUAUAAGAAAUUACAAAAACACUGUGUCUUGUGUUUAGAUGUGUAGCAUAUGCAAAGCUUUACAGACUAUUUUUGUUAGUGUUUUUUAUAAUACUUUCCUAAAAAAAUGAUUGUCUACCUCAGGUUCCGCUGUUGAGAUUUGAGCACUAAAUGCUUCAGGGCAUUGCAUGAAUAUACUGCAGACCUAUAGACUUAGGUGUCCACUGUAUGAUAUUAAUAUAAAAGAUAUAGCCUAUAUAAAGGAAGAGAAGUUUAGGCCUAUCCCCAGAGAGAUAGAGAGAUAGGAAGAGAAGUUUAGGCCUAUCCCCAGAGAGAUAGAGAGAUAGGAAGAGAAGUUUAGGCCUAUCCCCAGAGAGAUAGGAAGAGAAGUUUAGGCCUAUCCCCAGAGUGAUAGAGAGAUAGGAAGAGAAGUUUAGGCCUAUCCCCAGAGAGAUAGAGAGAUAGGAAGAGAAGUUUAGGCCUAUCCCCAGAGAGAUAGAGAGAUAGGAAGAGAAGUUUAGGCCUAUCCCCAGAGUGAUAGAGAGAUAGGAAGAGAAGUUUAGGCCUAUCCCCAGAGUGAUAGAGAGAUAGGAAGAGAAGUUUAGGCCUAUCCCCAGAAUGAUAGAGAGAUAGGAAGAGAAGUUUAGGCCUAUCCCAGAGUGAUAGAGAGAUAGGAAGAGAAGUUUAGGCCUAUCCCCAGAGAGAUAGAGAGAUAGGAAGAGAAGUUUAGGCCUAUCCCCAGAGUGAUAGAGAGAUAGGAAGAGAAGUUUAGGCCUAUCCCCAGAGUGAUAGAGAGAUAGGAAGAGAAGUUUAGGCCUAUCCCCAGAGUGAUAGAGAGAUAGGAAGAGAAGUUUAGGCCUAUCCCCAGAGUGAUAGAGAGAUAGGAAGAGAAGUUUAGGCCUAUCCCCAGAGUGAUAGAGAGAUAGGAAGAGAAGUUUAGGCCUAUCCCCAGAGUGAUAGAGAGAUAGGAAGAGAAGUUUAGGACUAUCCCCAGAGUGAUAGAGAGAUAGGAAGAGAAGUUUAGGCCUAUCCCCAGAGUGAUAGAGAGAUAGGAAGAGAAGUUUAGGCCUAUCCCCAGAGUGAUAGAGAGAUAGGAAGAGAAGUUUAGGCCUAUCCCCAGAGUGAUAGAGAGAUAGGAAGAGAAGUUUAGGCCUAUCCCCAGAAUGAUAGAGAGAUAGGAAGAGACGUUUAGGCCUAUCCCCAGAGUGAUAGAGAGAUAGGAAGAGAAGUUUAGGCCUAUCCCCAAAGCGAUAGAGAGAUAGGAAGAGACGUUUAGGCCUAUCCCCAGAGCAAUAGAGAGAUAGAGAUAUGGUAUUGGCAUGUGGCUCUAGCCAACGGCUUGAAGAUACAUUGCAGGCAUAGCCUACUACAUGAGAUUAUUAUGGACGAAAGUGCAAGAUUCUUUUUUUUGGUCAAACGGCGGCCAAGCAUCGAUCGUCAUGUCACCAGAAUAAGACCCUCCACAUUUAUUGAAAGGAGCAUCAACCUCCUCACUGUACACUUUCACCACCCUGUGAAGUUCAUCAUAACUUAUUUCAUCUGUAGCCUAAUAAACUGCAUGCUAAUGUGGUGACAUUUUUCAUCUGACAUAUUGGGUACUUUACUCACAUAAAAAGGUUGGAUUGAAAACGGGUUAAUGUCAAGACUUUUUGAGGAUGCUGGAAUAAUAUUUCAGAUGAACUUGUGCAAGCCUACAGGAUAUUUUUUAAAUAGCCUCUUCAGAAUAAAACAUUAUGACUGGUUGUGUUUAUGCCACAUAUAAAAGGUAAUACAUUUAAAAAGUUAAAUUAUAAAUAUUUAGGUUAUAUUGAAGUGUUAGAUUCUAGGUGCGCGAGGAAUAGCCACUCGGAUUGGAGAGGAGGAUGAGCAUGUGUUAAGAUUUCCUGAAUAACUGGGCCUGCCUUGAGCACACUGCAUGUGGACACAUUAGGACGACUUGGGAGAAUGAUGAUCUGAAACAGACAGCACAUUCAGUAUCAGAAGAAAAAAUACAGCCAGACUUGUCUGCUAUUAUACUGUAAACUGUUGAGAGUAGACCCAACUGAUCCAAAUCGAAUGAAACAUUCAAAUCACAGGGCUUUUGAGCCAUUAUUCAAAUGGCAUUUUCACUGCAGCCUAGACUAGAAUUUUGUACUCACUUGAAAAAGAUAAUACAAUUAUUCAUUGCAUUGUGGUGUUGCAGGCUACUAUAGUCUAGGUAGGGUAAUUGUCCCUAACCAAUAUCAAUAAAGGAGAUUUUCAA